AUGGAAACUCGCACGGAGGAGGCGUCGUCUCUGCAGCUUAACUCUACAGAAAACCCAUCACCGGGAGGAUCGGUUUCAAACACUGCUCUCGCCGUAAUCAAACCCGCCGUCAAGAAACCGUCAAAAGACCGUCACACGAAAGUCGACGGCCGUGGCCGGAGAAUCCGCAUGCCGGCGGUCUGCGCCGCCAGAGUCUUCCAGCUCACUCGUGAGCUCGGUCAUAAAUCCGAUGGAGAGACCAUCGAGUGGCUGCUCCAGCAAGCAGAGCCUGCUAUCAUCGCUUCCACCGGAACAGGAACUAUUCCGGCGAAUUUCUCGACGUUGAACGCUAGUUUACGCGGAGGCGGCGGCGGUGGUGGUGGUGGAUCCACCGUGUUUGCUCAGUUGGCAAAGUCUUCUUCUUUGCCUAUGUCGUUUCAAAGUAGUGGAAUGGCUCUGUAUGAUGAGAAUAACGGAGCUAACGGAUCAUCUACUUCCUCUGCCACGGUGGAUCAUUCUAGGAAGCUGUUAAACGGCGGCGUUUUCGGGUUUCACCACCCGCCGAUAAUGUCGGCAGAGAGGAAUCCGUAUAGGGAAGAUUACUUCAAGGAGUCUGAAGUAGUGGUGCCAAGUGGGAGUUCUCAGAAACCGGGUCAGUUUCAGGAUCAAGAACUUGGUCCGGGUCCGGGUCGUGGGACGGCGGCGAAUGUGGUGCCUCAACCUAUGUGGGCGGUGGCUCCUCCUGGGAGUACUAAUGGAGGAAGUGCGUUUUGGAUGCUUCCUAUGAGUGGUGCUGGUGGGAGAGAGCAGAUGCAGCAGCAGCAGCAGCAUCAGAUGUGGGCGUUUAAUCCGGGGAGUUAUCCGGUUGGGACGGGUCGGGUUGUGAGUGCACCGAUGGGUUCAAUGAUGUUGGGAGGUCAACAGCUAGGGUUAGGUGUGGCUGAGAGUAACAUGGCGGCUUCAUUGCGUGGAGGUAGAGGUGGUGGUGAUGGUUUGGGGAUGACUCUAGAGCAACAUCAGCAACAUCAUCAAGAGCCAAACCAAGGUGAAGAAGGUAGUGAAAAUGGUGGUGAGGACAAAAAGUGA